GCGUCGUCACUUUUGGGAAAAGGCAGGGAGGACACACGCCUGCAUGAGCUCGGAAGCUGGAGCCCUGCUGGAGCGCAAGGGAUGCCGUCUGCCCCGCCUCCAAGCACCGCUGUGAAGCUGGAGAACACGUUCCGUUCACGAGGGCGGAGUACAAAGCGCGGAGACGAAGACGAUCCUGGUGUUUGAGGGUUUGACAAGUGAAGUUGGCCUUACUUCUUGGACAAAGUCGUGAGGCGGUCUUGAUCAGGUUCAUUUUGUAGACGGGGAGCGCUUUUGGAGUCGGAUCAGGAAGUCCAGUUUAGAUCAGCCAAGUUGAAGCGCUUGACGCGCACGCCCUAAGUUAGCGAUCAUGAGGGUGCCUGUCAAACGAAAUCAGGUGUCAGCGAUGGUGCAUUCAGGCAAGGCGGCCGGCACGAAGCAGGUCUCACACUCUUACAUCGUCAUGGUUCAGCACCUGAUUGAGAAGUGCUUGAUUAUGUACAUGGAUCUAGAAGGCUGCUGCAAGAGUUUGGCAAAGUAUGCCCAUGUCCAACCAGCAAUCACAAUUGCAGUUUGGAAGGGGUUGGAAAAGGAGAACUCUGACUUCUUCAAGCAUUACCUCCUCACAAGGACAAAAAACCGCGCCAAGGCCUUUGAUGCUGCUCUAGAAGCAGCCACUGCAAGGCUUUGCAGUCAAACGCUCGGGGGUGACAUGCAAUUCGAUGCCCGCGACGGGCAAAGGUUAGCAAAGCAAACUGUUUAGAGCUGCCCCACUUCACCUCCCCUGAGACCAGAAAAGCCCACCAGCUCAGCAGACCUAUAGUAGUCCCACAAUCGCGGAUUGUCUAUACUCGUGUACCUAAUUCUUUGCCCCUUCCAAGGUGGCCCGUACUGUGUGUGACAUAGAUUAGCAUAAGGUAGGACAGCUAAUGACUGGUGUGUAGUGAUCAAUAUGACUAGCAAGGUUUGGGUAUAAAGAGGUGGUGCUGACUAGACACUAGCCGGUAUCUAGCAGGAGCAGGUUUGACCUGGCGGUUUCAGAGUGGGCUGCAAAUGCUCCGGGGCCAGAAGCGAAUAGUUGUGCUAACAAGCUAUAUUGAAAGCAAGAUGGCUUCCCAGAAGCAAAAGCUAGUACAAAGAAAGUGAGGUGGCCUUUUAAGAACCAGAAGCUAGUCAAAUAGAUGCGUGACGAGUGCCUGCAUAGUGCGGCAAACUGCCUGUAGAGUAGUUACAGUUGCAUCGCGUGUUACCCCCUCCAUAAGCUUAAGGGGAACGAUAUUGUUUGAACUGUAUAUGAUUUAAAAGUGUGUUGUGUUGUGUUGUGUGAAU